ACCCCUCUUAUUCUCUUCCUUAUAUAUAUAUUCUUCUCCCCUUUCGUUUUCUUUCUUCGUCUUCUUCUCCUUCUUCUUCUCCUUCCUGCACUCCCACGCAUCUUCUUCGCCAAUCACCGUCUUCUUUUUCGAUCAAAUCAAAUCCCUGUUUCCCCCACGCAUUCGCUCCCACCACCGCUCUGCGAUCCGCAUUUUGCUUUUCUAUUCUCUUCUCCGUUCACCAGUCAUGGAUUCUCGGGAACCGCACCACCAACCACAAUUGCCAAACAUGAUGAUGGGACCCACCUCCUACCCUUCCAUGUUGGCCCCCGCCACCGCCCGAUUUCCUUUCAUCAGCAACAACCACAUCCCCCACCACAACCCUCCUCCCCCACCACCACCUCCUCCCGAGCCUCUCAACGACAACCACCACGAGGCUGCGCUGAAGCAGUGCGCGCUCGGAAUGGGUUCCUCGGAGUCCUCGAAGAAGAAAAGGGGCCGGCCCAGGAAAUAUUCCUCCGACGGGGGCAACAUUGCCCUGGGCCUGGUUCCUAAUCAUCCCGCCGCUUCCUCCGCCGAAUCUCCCGCCAAGAAACACCGCGGACGUCCCCCUGGUUCCGGCAAAAAACAAAUGGACGCACUUGGAAUCACUGGAACUGGCUUUACUCCGCAUGUAAUAUCAGCUGAAGCUGGCGAGGACAUUGCUGCAAAGAUUAUGGCUUUCUGUGAACAAGGGCCACGGACAGUUUGCAUCCUCUCCGCCGUCGGUCCUAUUCGGAAUGUAACCAUUCGACAACCGCCUUCCGCCUCUUCUCUGGCUUGUCCUGACGUAUCCUAUGAGGGUGAAUUUGAGAUCAUAUCCCUUUCCGGAUUUACUGAACAAUCUGAAAAUAACAAUGGUCAUAACGGAAUGCGUUCCUUAAAUGUGAGUUUAGCAGGUCCUGAUGGACGAGUAUUGGGUGGCGAAGUUUCUGGAGCUCUUACUGCAGCUUCGGCAGUGCAGGUCGUUGUGGGUAGCUUUAUUGCAGAUGGAAAAAAGUCUAGCUCAAAUAACGUAAAAUCUGGACGUUCUACGACGCCAUCAUCGCAAUUGUUAACUUUUGGUGCUCCUACGACUCCAACCACUCCUACUUCUCAGGGGCCUUCAACCGAGUCAUCUGAGGAUAAUGAAAAUAAUAAUUUUAUUAAGGGCCCGGGAGGCCUGGGAGGCCCGGGACUCUCUAACAAUGCUAGUCAGCCUAUUCAUCAUAAUCUGCAGAUGUACCAUCAUCUAUGGGCUGGCCAUACUCAGCAGUGAUGAUGCUUUUUAGUUUCAACACUGCAGAAGCAGGGCAUUGGCAUAAUGAUUCUUCCUGGUAGUGGCUAGAGGUCAAAUUCCAAAAUCUAACAUGCAUUAUUGGUUUUGGGACUGGUUUUAGGAGAGUCUAUCUUAAGGUCUAAAUCUAUUUAUCUUCAUUUUUAUGUUCACUAGGAAUUUUAUCAUAUUUGAAAAUGUUAGCAAUGAUAGCUUUUAAUUAUUUGAGCUUGUUACAGGGUUGGAUCUGUGCGUUCACUAGAUAUACUAUAUGCGGGCUGUUUUUCUUGCACCCCUAUAAUUUUAAAAAAGACCAGUGUCCUUCUCUUUUGCGUGUUAGUUUUUGAAUUAGACCUUUUUGGAAGGGUUAAAUCAACCUUUGGGAUGGGAUGGGAUGAUCUGGAGAGAAAAAUUGUGGUCUGUAUAAUACAAUUUAUAAUUGUAAGAUCGACAACUCUAUGUUAGACUUUUGGGAAAAAGUGCAUUUUUGUCGUAGAUUUUGGAUGGAGAUGAUCUGGAUUUUUUUUAUUUCG